AUGAAGGCCAAGGACAAAGAGAUCUCGGAGCUGUGCGAAGAGUUGGAGAACCGCGACGCGGCGCUGGUGAAGGCGCGUGACGCCACGCACAAGGCCCAGCUGCAGAAGUUCCACGGAGCGGAGGAACAGCACGCGCUGCUUACGCAGAAGGAAGAGGAGCUGUGCGAGCUGCGCGCGGCCACGCAGCGCUCGCUCACCGAGACACAGCGCGCCCAGCGGGCGCUGCGCCGUGCCGACGAGCGCCUCGCUGACGCCACGGCGCAGAGGGAUGCCGCCGAGGAAGAGAAGGAGGGCGCCGUGCUGGAGCGCCAGCGCGCAGAGCGGGGCGUGCAGGAGCUGCGCUCGGAGCUGGAGCGAGCAAAGCGCGAGCGCGUGAGCGGGAGCUGGAGCUGGUGCAGGAGCACGAGUCGCACCGGCGCGACUGUGAGCACCGUUUGGCGUCGCAUGAGUUGCUGGUGCGCAGGCUCACCGACAGCCUGGCCGACCGCGACCGCCUGCUGCAGGAGUACACGGAGCUCCUACGAGGCUCGGACCAGCUCCCCGACGGAAGGGCACCCUCAUCGCCGCCCUGCAGCAGCGACUCAACGAGCAGCACCAGCUGCUGGAGAGAGCGGACGAGGCGAGGAGUGCGGCCCUGCAGCACAAGGAAGCGGAGAUUGUGGAGCUGCGGCGGGAGCUGGCGGAGCGCUCGCGCGACCUGGAGCGCCUGCGUGCCCUCCUCGCCGGCAAGGACGAGACGAUCCAGGGUCUGGACGAGCUGAUGCGGGAGCGCGACGCGGAGCUGCAGAGGCUGGCGUCGGCGUGAAGGAGAGCGACGCGCACGCGGCGCGCCAGGCCCUGCUGGAGCGGGCCGAGGUGGGGGCGCAGGAGCUCGUGCGCCAGCUCACCGAGCGCCUCGCCGACAAGGAGCGUCUGCUGGAGCAGGCGCUGUCCGAGGGGGGGCGCCCAGGCGGCGACGCGCCGCGCGAGGGCCGGCGGCUCGCCGAGCUGCUGGCGCAGUUGCGCGACAAGGAGGAGUGCCUGGAGGCCGAGCGCGCCGAGCGGGCGCGCCAGCAGCGGGAGAUGGAGCAGCUCCGGCGCCGGCUGGCAGAGGCCGGGGGAGAGCGGUGGACGGAGAGGGAGGGAGACGCGGAGAGGGUGAAGGAGGGGGAUCCGGGCCAGGAGACGUUGACGCACGUGGAGCUGGGACGACUCCAUGCCGUGCUGCAGGAGAAGGACUCCAUCAUACACAGGCUUGUGGAGAACGGGCAGGAGAAGGACCGGCUACUCACCCUGGUGCAGGCGCCGCCCCGGACGCUGGAGCUAAAGCAGACGCUGCGCAUCUUGAAGGACGAGCGGGGGAGCCCCGCGGCGGGGCGAGCGGCCCUCCGGCAUCCGCUGGCGUCGUCCCCCGAGGCCUCGCGGUCCCAGGGAGCGCUUCGGCCAACGCAGGAGGUGGAGCUCUUGAACAAGGAGGUGGAUCGGUUGACACAGGAAGUGCACCGGCUGACACAGGAAGUGCUGCUUCUGCGAGUGCGGAGUCCAAGGAACCCGGUCGGAGCGAAACCGGAGACCGGCAGCGACGCCCACGAGCUCCUCUUGAUGGAGCAGGAACAGGAGGGUGGGAAGCUGCAGCAGCUGCUGCACGCAGAACAGCAGGUGUACCAGCACCUGGCUGCCCUGCCGCAGCAUGCGGACAGCCGCAGCCUGCAGGAGGAGCUGGCACGCGUGCGGACGCUGCGACUGCAGCUGCUGGACGGGCUGCGCGCCAAUCGCGAGCUGCGGCACAACCUGGAGGAGCUGUCGCGCGAGCUGGAGACCUCGCCAGGUGUCUCUGCUGUUCGUGAGCUGGCGCUGGAAGUGGAUCGCUUGCGGCAGCAGCUGGAGGAGUCGCAGCGGUGGAACGCAUCCCUUCAGGGACGACUCGGGCUCCACGUCGCGAACAACGACACGGCCCGCACAGACAGCCUCGUGAGCGGCUGGAAUCAGACGUCGUACAUGAGCUUCCAGCUGGCGGAGCCGGAGGGGCUGGAGGAGGAGCUGCUCGCACUGCCGCUCGCCGAUCUCCGUAACAAGGCCCUGCAGCUCACAGCGCAGCUCAAAGAUCUGCACUUGGCCAAUCAGGAGCUGGAGCGAAAGGUCGGGGAGCGCGAGUUGGCCAAUCAACUCGCGAGCUGCCGUCUGGACGAGGCGGAGAAUGAGAGGAAACAGAUGGAGGACGAGGUGAGGGCGACGAGGAGGAGGAUGGAGGAAGUGGAAGCGAUGACGAGAAUGAAGGAGGCGGAGGCGACGAGGAGGAGGAUGGAGGAGGCGGAGGAGGCACCGAGGGAGAUGACGCAGUCCCAUCGGCGGCUGGUGCUGGGCUCCGAUGGCAGCGACGGUGACGUGGUGGCGCUGCUGGAGAAGCAGGUGGAGGGGCUCCUGGCCGACCUCGCCGGCACCCGGGCGCAUCUGCGAGACGCGGAGGGGCGCUGGCGCCAGGCGGCGACGCGGCUCGAGGAGGUGGGCGCCCAAAACGACUGGAGCGGGAGCUGGAGGGCGUCACGGCGUGUUUGGAGGAGGAGGGUUUCCUGUCCUUCGACGAUUUGCGGGAGGAGCUGCGGCGGCUCCGUCGCAGUCCGAAGGCUCGUGAAGGGAAGGAAGGAGCGGCGCGGAUCACGGGAGCCACCACGGAGGACGUGGACGCCAGCGGGAAGCCGCCGGCACCCGAGCCGGCCGAGCUGGUGCAGCGCCUGAGCGAUGCCGAGCGCGUAAACGAGCUGCUCCGGCGCCAGCUGGAGAUGAACACGAGCGUCGACGGCGACAGCAGCUUCAACCCCGACCUCAUCGUGGGCAUGGCGUGCGAGAUCGAGCGCCUCAAUGCGGAGCUCGGUGCUAUCCGGCAGCACCAGCUGUCGGCCGAAACGGA